AUGACUGCCAAUGGCUCCCAAGGCCCGGUGGUGGUCGGCAUCUGUGUUGCCUUCGCCGCUCUGACAUUCUGUGUCUUAUGUCUUCGUCUCUUUGCCCGUGUAUACGUCUUGGGUAAAAUGGGUCUCGAUGAUUACCUCAUUAUUGGAGCUUGUCUACUUGCUUGGGCAUUUAUUGCUGUCACCAUUGUUGCCGUCAAAAAUGGACUUGGAACACAUUAUGUCGACACAGACAAGACAAAACUCAUUGACUACGCUUUCGCUGUCUGGCUGAGCUCAAUGUUCUAUCUUGCAUGUCUCGGCUUUGUCAAAACAUCUGUCCUAUGGUUCUAUACUCGUCUCGGAGAUCGUUACCUGACCCGUCUAUCCUGGAUCAUGAUCGGAGUUAUCGCAGCACAAGCAAUCUCAUUUGUGCUUGUAGCUGCAUUCCAAUGUCAACCGGUCAGCAAAGCCUGGGCAAGCACCAAGCCAGGAACGUGUGUUGAUAUCAACGUGUUCUAUCUUUGCAACGCUGCGCUCAAUAUCUUCACUGAUGUUCUCACCUACACUUUGCCAAUCAGGGUUAUCUUCAAGCUUCAGAUGCCCAGGAAGCAAAAGAUUGUCCUUGCAAUUAUUCUCUGUCUUGGUCUCUUUGCAUGUGUCUCUUCCAUCAUUCGAAUUACCUAUAUUCCCGCCAUGCUCUCUUCUGCGGACUUCACUUACGCGAUCAGUGGUGCCAUGUAUUGGUCCGUCAUCGAGACCAACGUCGGUAUCCUCGCUGCCUCGAUUCCCUCAUUCAAAGCAAUUGCCUCUCGCUUCCUGCCUCGCUUCAUCGGAGAAUACAGCAGUGGGAAAAAGUACGGUCCUUGGUCAGGAAACACUACUGGCAGACGAUAUGGCUCUGGCUUCACCAAAGUUACGGAUCCCAGAAAUAUCACGAUGGGCACCAUUGGCGACAAGGAUGAUAUCAACAUGGGCACUCAGAUUGGAGCUGCCAGCAACUCCAGUGAAGAGAGAAUCAUCCCUGACGGCAAGAUCUUCAGGCACACAGAGAUCGAGACCACCGUGGAAACAAACCAUGAUUUCGGAAGGCUCGGUUCUACAUCGCUCGAGCAGGCUCGUCGAUGA